GGACUCAACCACAUCCUAGCAAUUAACGCCUAAUCAGGAAAGCUUCGCAGGCAUCGUUGACCUCUUAAGACCAUUCACGAUACGACCUCGGUAGGAGAACCUCCUUUGAUAGAAGAUGUUACAUCAAAUAAUAUGCCCUUUUCUCUUGUGACAAUGUCUAUAAAUCAUGGGGAGAACUGCUGUCGAAGAUGCGAAAGUCUUUUUGUUUUCGCAUUUUGGCAGGGGAUGAUGUUCUAGUAUCACUAAGCACUACAAUUAUUCCGAGUCGCGCAAGUAGUAAAAAUGCAGGCGAAAUAUUUAUUCCUAUUUUACGGCUUGCUUCAAGCCAGCCUCGGGUCGAAGCUCCCGAACGUUGAUACAAAUUCGAUCCAGAAACGAGCAGACACAUUUCAGAAUCCUGUGGUGUACGAGGAUUUCGCCGAUAAUGAUGUAUCUGUCGGUCCCGAUGGAUUAUACUAUUUCUCCGCCUCGAAUAUGCACUACAGCCCCGGCGCCCCUAUUCUGAGGUCCGCCGACCUGGUCAAUUGGGAGUUUAUUGGCCACUCCGUACCUACUCUCGACUUCGGGGAAAAGUACAAUUUGACUAACGGCCACGCGUAUAGAGGGGGUACCUGGGCUUCAACCAUGAGAUUCCGCGAAAGUAAUGGAUUGUGGUACUGGAUUGGCUGCGUCGACUUCUGGUACACUUAUAUCUACACCGCAAAGGAUGUUUCGGGACCGUGGACUCGAGCCGCUGUUCUUCCUGGAGGGACAUGUUAUUACGAUUGCGGUCUCCUAAUAGACGACGACGAUACCAUGUACGUGGUCUAUGGGUCCACAGAUGUAUCAGUCGCGCAAUUAUCUACGGAUGGGCUCAGUCAAGUGGAAAGCAAGCAUGUUUUCAGCGCCUCCGAUGUAGGCAAGGACGGUAUUGAGGGGAAUCGUAUAUACAAAAAGGACGGAUUCUAUUACAUCCUUGACGACCACCCCGGCGAUAUUACAUAUAUCUGGAAGUCUGAAAGCCCUUGGGGCCCUUACAAAAGUAAGAUACUGGUCGACAACGUUAAGUCGCCUUUGGCAGGUGGUGGGGCACCACACCAAGGGAGUCUCAUCCAAGCCUCUACGGGUGACUGGUAUUACAUGAGCUUCACAUGGGCAUAUCCGAAUGGGCGUAUUCCAGUUUUAGCUCCAGUCCAGUGGGAAGACGACGGCUUCCCUUCCUUCGUCACUGAUGGGGCCGGCGGAUGGGGUUCAUCUUACCCGGCGCCGCUUCCCGUAAAGACUGUGCGCGACUGGACCCGCACGGAUAUAUUCGACGGUAAUUCCCUAAGCCCGGACUGGGAAUGGAAUCACAACCCAGACGAAACUAAGUAUAGCGUUGGGGAUGGUGGUGUGACUCUAUCUACCGCAACAAUAACGAGCGAUUUAUACGCAGCGCGAAACACGUUAACGCACCGCGUUCACGGCGAAUUCCCAGUUGGUACUCUACAGGUUGAUUUCAGCAAGAUGGCAGAUGGUGAUCGAUUUGGUCUCGCGGCCUUCCGUGAUCGCACUGCCUACAUCGGAAUACACCGAGACGGACAAGAUUAUACUUUGGCCACAGUGCAUAAUCUCACGCAGGAAGAGUCUGCAUGGAACACGACGAGCAACGGAACCAUAAUCGCAACGGCAACGGAGAUCCCUAGUGACAAGACCAUAUGGCUUCGAGCAUCAUUAGAUGCGCGUGCGAGUGGCAGCUACGCGGCUAACUUCUCAUACAGUGUUGACGGCGAAAAGUUUACGCAACUUGGGACUCCGUAUGCGAUGCAGACUAACUGGGCUUACUUUAUGGGCUACCGUUUCGGCAUCUUCAAUUACGCCACUAAGGAGCUAGGUGGCUCAAUUCGAGCAUUGUCUUUUACCAGUGCCUAAAAUUGCGAACAAACAGAUUCUUUUCUCUACCUUGGGCCUCUUUGAACAGUGUGAAAGCCGCUUUACCCCCUUUCCGCAUACUAGUUAUCUACCCAUGCAACUAACUAGGUACGUACAGUACGCCCGCAGAUGUGGAUCAAAGAAAGCUGUAAUUCUUUCAAUUACGUUUGUUUAUACAAGGCAAUUGUCCUUUGAUAAUACUCUAUAAUUGUAAUUAUACACAUGGCAUUGUCAAUCAUCGCACUGGGAAGGAGUGUGGUUGGUUUUUAUAUAUGUGUAUCUGGGUAUUCCCAGGCUGGAAUUAAUCCAUCUAACUUUUGACUCCGACAUACUUUCACAAUAUCCUUAUUAUUCUAGUCCCCUGAGAAAUCUUCAACAUUCGCACUC